AUGUCUGGGACGGCUACAAGAAUUAGAGAAACAGCUAAAGCCGGGGACGAGUCGCAAAGCCACGCCACAUACAGCAACGACGAUAGUAAGCUUGGGUGUGCGCUGGAAGAUGCCUUCGGCGCCUUACACGUAGAAGAGACGGCCUCUCCGUAUGAAGAUAUUGCUAGAGUCAAUCAGGAUUUGCAAGAUGGCCUGUCAGAACUAUAUUAUACCUACAAGGAUCGCCCUGCGAAUUCAUUUCAUAGACCAAUUGUCUACAGGGUAUCCCACUCACGAUCAGCAACACAGCAAGCGGACAACAUUCGGGCAAGACUGUUUCCAGCACCAGCGUUUGAGGCACUGGGCACAUCACAGUUGACUGUAUAUCUCAGGAGGCAUCAGAAUUUUUCCAAUCGCAAGCCUACGCCAUUCAUCUCCUUGACGCCCGAUCUGAUUCGUGCCCUUCACCUGAUGUUCUACACCUACAAGGACGAAACAAACCUCAAGAUCUCUCACAUUUGCCCUUGGAAGCUCACACCAGGGAGCUAUAUACCCUUGAACGAUUUACGAACUAUGUGCGGUCUCCUGACAAAAGACAUUUAUAAUACAGAGACACUUGUGUGGGGGGAGAUUCCAGCCUCGAGUAUAAUCUGUCAAUGGCAACGAGAGCAGAUCGUCACGAGCGGCCUGGUUGAUAUUUUUCCGGCUCUGACCAAUCUUUCGCCUAAAGCACGACUGCAGGACUUGCGUGAUAGCCUACGAUGUGUCACUCCUCCUUUCUUCGCUCGAAAGGUUGCACAAGCACUGGUCAAACUAGGUAUGGAGGCUUCCCGGUUCCAGAUAAAGCAGGUAUUUCUGUUCUUAUUAGGCCAAGCAGCCGGCUACAGGGUCGAAAAGGAGCUGGGCAAUGUCGAGGCGCAGCUUGAGAGCCGCUUUCCAGAAGUCGUUGAUAAAUUUGAGAGGGCGGCCUAUGAAUUAUCUAUGGCUAUCGGGAAAAGUCAAAAGCUGUCCUACUACCAACAAAGCUACGCAGCGGAAAUGCAAAAGAUGUGUCCUCCAAAAGAUCCAUUAGGAUUGCUGUCAAGCGUGAAGUAUAGACCUAAGAUCAUUCUGCGACAUCAAACCGGUCAAGAAACCAGUGUGAUUUUGCAGGAUACAAGCCGAAUGGAGCAGGGAAAAGGGCAGCUUGAAGCAACUCCGACGAGUUCUAGCCUGUUUGAACGACUUUCCUUGAAUCAUCGAGAAAGUUUCUACCCUCACAAGGGUAAGAGGAUAUAUGAUAAGUUAGUAUCUGAUGCAACAUUACGCAACGCCGAUUCUCCAUAUUGA